AUGCAAAACGACGAAGGACGUGUUGUUGAUUUGUACAUCCCCCGAAAGUGCACUGCUUCAAACAGGCUCAUUGGAGCAAAGGACAAGUCUUCAAUCCAAUUGAACUUCUGUGACGUAGACCCCACCACCGGAACGAUGCUCCGAACUAACACCACCUUCGCCAUUUGCGGCGCUCUCCGACGCAUGGGUGAGUCCGACGACUCUAUCUACCGUCUUGCCCGGGAAAAUGGACUCGCCAAAAUGGGCUUUGAUGCAUACGGCCAGACUCUAAUGGUGAAAUGCGGAAUAGUGGGAGAUGCUUCAGUCGGCAAAACAGCGUUAUGUCAAGCACUGGUCUCAGACGGCGCUGAGUUUCCCAAGAACUACCAGAUGACAACCUCAGUUAAUCUUUCCUCGAAAAUAAUCGACUUGACUGAAACGGAGGACGAGAUUUGUCUUAUUUUAACCGACUUGGCGGGUGAGAACCUAUUCGAGCCGCUUAUUGAGCCCCAUUUUGACAUGAUCGCUAUCGUUGUUGUUGUCUUCGAUUUGACGAAUCGAAAGUCAUUUGAUAAUGUCGAAAAGUGGAUUGGCAAGCUUCGCGCGCUAGAUGUCAAAGUACCCGGCUGUCUCAUUGGCAAUAAAGAUGACAUUAAUCCUGACCGCCACGUUGUAACAGAUAAAGAAGCAAGACGCCUUGCUGAUAAUCUCGGCUUAAAAUAUUUCAAGACUUCUGCUAGAGAAAAUGUUGGCGUUCUGGAAGCUUUCGAGGAGAUGUCAUCAAAUCUUUACAAACUCUGGUCGACAUCACCCGAGCAAGUGCCCAUUCUAACUGAGCAGCUUCAUUGA